AUCCGGAAAACCGGCGCUUGGCUUCAGAGGCAAAAUGCGACUCACUAUCAGCACAUAAGCGAGAGUUUUAUCGUUAUUUUAAACUUUAUUUCACUGCUACAACACCAAGUUCUGUGUAGCUUAUCAAGUAUACGCCAUAUUUAUCACCUAGGGGGACUUUUAUCGUUGUCCGCAACCCAACAAGGCAACAUUUGCCGAGCGGAGGGAGACAAAUCAAUCUCACACCAUUAGCUAGCUAAUAUAAGCCUCUCUGUAGCUUGUUAGUUUGACCUGCCUCUUGGUACAAGCACCAACAUGGCUGCUAAUCCUCCUGGACAAGCCUUCCCCAACAAGACACGUGUGGCGAUCCUGGCCGAGCUGGAGAAGGAGAGGAGACGUCUGAUGAGCACCCCUGGAGCCAGCAUCUCGCUGUCCAGACCAAACCUGAAGGAGUUCAGGGACAAUGCAGAGCAACAGCACAUCGCUGCCCAGCAGAAAGCUGCCCUGCAGCACGCUCACACACACUCAACAGGCUUCUUCAUCACUCAGGACUCCUCGUUCGGGAACCUCAUCCUCCCUGUCAUUCCGCGCCUGGAGCCCGAUUCCUGACCUUUUUACCUUUUGUCCUCCUCCCGCUGCCAAACAACACAUGAGCACGUCAGACCCACGUCUCUCCCAGUUUCUCUCUUUCAAGUCUGCGAUUAAUGGACAGUUGUUUGUCACAUUGUAAACAAUCUCAGGGGAGUGUGAAUCUGUCAUUUGUACAUUUUCCAGACUAACAAGCUGGCUGCCGGAUUUAGGAAAGCUUUCAUAACAGUUGGAAGAAGGUUCCAGAUAGCUGUGAGACAUCCAAGUGGUGCAGGGGCUGAAAUACGCUGUACAUGCUAUCCUGCUCCGUUGCCUCACUGCACUGAUCCAUUAG